UCAAAACCCCUCCCUCCCCUUCCCGCCGCCGCCGCCUCCUCCGCCUCCUCUCCGCCGGCCGACGCCGCCGCCGCCGCCAUGGACUCCGGCGGCGCCUCCGACCCCUCGCGCCAGGUGCGGGUGCGCUUCCUGACGAAGCUCCCCGCGCCGCUGCGCGCGCCGCCCACCUCCAUCGCCGUCCCCGCCGACCUCACCCGCAUGGGCCUCUCUGAGAUCGUCAACAGCCUCCUCCUCGCCGCCUCCCCGGAUCACCAGGCGCAGCCCUUCGACUUCCUCGUCGACGGCGAGCUCGUGCGGCUCCCGCUCCAGGAGUUCCUCCUCGCCAAGGGCAUCUCAGUGGAGAGGGUGCUUGAGCUUGAAUAUGUAAAAGCUGUGGCACCGAGGAAGCAGGAGGAUCCAUGCCCGCAUGAUGACUGGGUUAGCGCAGUUGAUGGAUCGAACCCGAGUUUCGUAUUAACAGGUUGCUAUGAUGGUCUUGCAAGAAUAUGGAGAGAUGCAUCUGAAUGUACACAUAUUUUGGAAGGACAUAGUGACGGAAUCACUUCUGCUCGCUUCAUUAAUAAAGGUGAAACUGAAGACAGGCUGCAUGUAGUCACUGCAUCAAAGGAUAGGUCAUUGCGCUUAUUCAAGUUUGAUACAUCAGUCAGUGUUCCAAAGCAAAUUGGGGCUUACAAAAUUCUCCGUGGCCACACAUCAUCUGUUCAGAGUGUUGCAGUAGACCCUUCCACAAACAUGAUAUGUUCUGGUUCCUGGGAUAACUCAAUUAAGCUAUGGUCAGUCGAAGGGUCGGAAGAAGAUGGUGACACUGUCUCAGUGAAGAAGAGAAGGACAAAUUCUGAUUCAUCUGGACCUGAAGAAUCUCUGUUUGAGGGUUCUGCCACUUCAACAUUUCUGGGACAUACGCAGUGCGUUUCUGCUGUUACCUGGCCUGAGCGACAAACAAUAUAUUCAGCAUCUUGGGACCAUUCUGUUCGGCAGUGGGAUGUCCAAACAGGGAAAGAGACAUGGAAUAUGGUAUCUGGGAAGGCCUUGAAUUGCUUGGAUUGUGGUGGUGAGAGCUCUUCACUAAUCGCUGCUGGUGGCUCUGACCCUGUCUUGAGGGUAUGGGACCCUCGUAAACCUGGAACUCUAGCUCCAAUUUUUCAGUUUUCCUCCCAUAAAAGCUGGAUCAGUGCUUGCAAAUGGCAUCCAAGUUCGUGGUUUCAUUUGGUAUCAUCUUCAUUUGAUGGGAAAGUAAUGUUGUGGGAUCUAAGGACAGCAUGGCCACUGGCUUCUGUGGAGUCACACAAAGACAAGGUUUUAUGUGCGGACUGGUGGAAAGGGGAUAGCGUCAUCAGUGGGGGAGCUGAUUCCAAGCUGUGUAUAGCUUCAGGGAUUGAAAUAGUGUGAUGAUGUUCCCUCGUUUUUGACCAGAAUGUUAUGUAUGGAAAGAUACCUGCAAAAGGAAGCUGUGCCAAUUUUGGUAGGGAACAAUGUGUAAUCGUUUGGCAGAUUCAAUACAUCACAUAAUUUAUCAGAUGGGGUCUGCUUAUGCACAAGGAAGAUGAUUUAAGGGAAAGCACCACAUUUCUGAUGAAACCUAUCACUCUUGUUUGUUUA